UUACAGACUAAACUUAUGAGAAAUCGCUUCCUCUAAACAAUGAUGCAGACGACAAGUCAAAAUGUGUGGAGAUCGAUUACUGAAAGAGAACAGCCAGAAACCCACGAGCGAGCUCUUCCUCUUCCCUUCGCAAAACUUGCAGAAAAUUACCCUCCUGGUUUUCUUAGAAAGGUAUUGGCAGAGAUUAUAGGAACAUAUCUGUUGGUGUUUGUGGGAAGUGGGGCUGCUGCCCUGAAUGCAUUUGAUGAACAGAAAAUAUCAAAACUAGGAGCUUCACUUGCAGGAGGAUUCAUUGUGAUUGUGAUGAUCUAUGCUAUCGGGCACAUCUCUGGUGCUCACAUGAACCCAGCAGUCUCGUUUGCCUUCGCCGCCGUGAGACAUUUUCCAUGGAAACAGGUCCCAUUAUACGUGGCAGCCCAAUUGACAGGAGCCGUUUCUGCCUCUUUCACAUUGCGGCUGAUAUUGAACCCAGUAACACAGCUAGGGACAACCUCGCCUUCUGGAAGUGACGUUCAAGCUCUUAUCAUGGAGAUCGUGGCAACGUUCACUAUGAUGUUCGUCGCCUCCGCCGUGUCAACUGAUGCAAAAGCUGUUGGAGAGCUCGCAGGAGUUGCAGUAGGCUCUUCCGUGUUCAUUGCAGGCAUCCUUGCAGGACCAAUAUCAGGGGGAUCAAUGAACCCAGCAAGAACCCUAGGUCCUGCCAUAGCAAGCGGAUCCUAUAGAGGACUUUGGGUCUAUCUGGUUGGACCAGUUAUUGGGGCACUUUUGGGAGCAUGGUCUUACAUUACUAUUAAAGAGACAGAUGAGUCAGCUUUGGCCACUUCACUGCUAUCAUUCCCAUUGGAGCUACGCUCAAAGAAUAGGGAAACUAGGAAAGUUAAAAACAAAGACAGCCCACAAAUUAUGAGUGAAAAUGUAUAAAACCCAGCCACAGCACCCUCAAUACUAGAUACUAAAGGAUCUCUCAAUAGUAUCAUUCAAUUCUUGAAGACAUUGAUCAUUUAGGUACUAUAUACUGAUGAAAUACGUUCUGCAUACCUUUACACCUUA